UUUUGUGUAGCCUUCACCUGUGCUGUCCGUUAGAUAAUGUUAGAUUAGAGUAGAAAGAGUGUGAUGGAUGUUAUUUUGGGAAAGACUGGAGAGGAAAGGUGAGUGUGCUGAAUGGUCAAAGGCACCAAAUCUGGGAAUAUUCCGAAAGAAGAAUUCUCAAAAAUGAGAAAUUUUAAUUAAAUGAAUUUAAUCUUCUGACCAGUGAUAGAAUUGCUUCAAACCGAUCUUUGCCUGAUGUUAGAAAGGAUUCAUGCAAGAAUGAACAUUAUCCAAGUGAAUUACCUACAACCAGCAUUGUCAUUGUUUUCAAUCUCUAGCAUAAAUGAAGCUGCCAGAUGUUUGAGACUUCAAUUUAUUUGCUUUCAUAACAUCGAUUGAUGUGGUCAAUUAGCAGUUAAUUAAUUAUUUUUUUGUUAUGACUUUACAAACAAGUGAAAGCCUUUCCUGUCAUCAAACAUUGUACAGAAUGUUAAUAAGACUUCGUUUAUUUAGAUGGAGUACUUACCGGUUAAUAAUAUUGUCAUCUUUUAUCUGGAUUCUGGUGGGGUUCAGUGUACUUGUGUAUUAUAUGGACUGUUUAGGUAGUUCUGGUAUUAAUUGUGUUGGUGGUAAACAACGUAAAUUAUUUCAAUUAUCAUCUUCUAGUGCAAAUAAUCCUAACAAUGUGAAUUUUAAUUACAAUGGAUUAGAGGAAUCAAUUGAAAAUGAUUUAUCAAAUUUAAAUAGUGAUAAUUUAAUUGUAAAUGAAAAUGCCAAUUCCCUUCUUUUACCAUUUAAAUCAAAUCAACUUAGAAAAUGGAAAUCACCAGUCUUGGCUACAAAUCCAAGUUCAUGGCCUGGUGAAAAGGGUAAACCCGUGAAUAUUCCGAAAGAAGAAGAAUCUCUUAAAAAUGAGAAAUUUAAAUUGAAUCAAUUUAAUCUGUUGGCCAGUGAUAGAAUUGCGUUAAACAGAUCUUUGCCUGAUGUUAGAAUGGAUUCAUGCAAGAAGAAACGUUAUCCAAGUGAAUUACCUACAACCAGCAUUGUCAUUGUUUUUCAUAAUGAAGCUUGGUCAACUUUAUUACGAACUGUUCAUAGUAUUAUCCGAACCUCACCAAGGACUCUUCUUGAGGAGAUUAUUCUUGUUGAUGAUGCUAGUGAUGGAGAACAUUUAGGUAAAAAAUUAGAAGAUUAUGUGGUUACUUUGCCGGUCCCUGUUCAUGUAUUACGAACGGGGAACAGAUCGGGAUUGAUUCGAGCUCGUCUUUUAGGAGCAUCACAUGUUAAAGGUCAAGUAAUUACCUUUCUAGAUGCUCAUUGUGAAUGCUCAAAAGGAUGGUUGGAACCUUUAUUAGCAAGAAUAAGAGAAGAUAGAACUCGUGUUGUUUGUCCAAUUAUUGAUGUGAUAAGUGAUGAUAAUUUUGAAUAUAUCCCAGCAUCUGAUAUGACAUGGGGAGGAUUCAAUUGGAGACUUAAUUUUAGAUGGUAUCGAGUUCCUCAACGAGAAAUUGAUCGUCGUAAUGGUGAUAGAAGUGAACCCGUUAGAACACCUACUAUGGCUGGAGGAUUAUUCUCUAUUGAUCGUGAUUACUUUGAAUAUCUUGGUAAAUACGAUGAAGGAAUGGAAAUCUGGGGAGGAGAAAAUCUUGAAUUAAGUUUCAGGAUCUGGAUGUGUGGAGGAACACUUGAGAUAGCAACUUGUUCUCAUGUUGGUCAUGUUUUUCGUAAAUCUACGCCUUACACUUUCCCUGGCGGUACAACAAAGAUAGUUAAUCAUAACAACGCUCGUUUAGCUGAUGUUUGGCUUGAUGAAUGGAAAGACUUUUAUUAUGCCAUUAAUCCAGCAGCUAAGAAGGUUAAUAAAGGUGAUACAAAAGGACGAAAAGAGUUACGAGAAAAAUUGAAGUGCAAAAGUUUCCGUUGGUAUCUUGAAAAUGUUUACCCUGAAUCUCAAAUGCCAUUGGAUUACUAUUCAUUGGGUGAGAUUCGUAAUGUUGCCAUAAAUCAUUGUCUUGAUACAUUUGGACGUAAAAGUGGUGAAAAUGCUGCAAUGAGCCAGUGCCAUGGAAUGGGUGGUAAUCAGGUGUUUGCUUAUACAAAACGUAAACAAAUCAUGUCAGACGAUAAUUGUUUAGAUGCUUCCAGUAAAAAAGAGCCUAUCAAAAUGAUCCGCUGUCAUGGAUUAGGAGGUAAUCAAAUGUGGGAAUAUCAUCCGAAAGAGCAAACAAUUGUUCAUGUAAACACUGGACUAUGUUUGGAUAAAGCUGACCCAUCUAAGGAUUCAACAUUGCCCCAAUUGAAAGAAUGUGAUGGCAGAAAAUCACAGCGAUGGAUAAUGAGCUCCAAUUUUGAAUGGCAAGCAACGGAUCAUAACAAUGCUAACAAUGAAACAAAUGAUAAACACGAGGCCAGUGCCAAUGAAUCUGCGUGAAAGAAAUGACUCUUCAACCUGAAAUUCAACUAUGCUCACUUUUUAAUCACACUGUUUUCCUCCGAAUUGAAUUUGCUCUCAAGUAGACAAUUAAGAAACUUGCUCAUCCUAAUUUUUGUGUAAUAUUCAUGGAAUGUUUUUUUCUUGCUAAAGGUGAUUUUAAGUGUCAUUUUCGCUAAUUACAGAAACUGUAAGUGGUGAUUGCUGCAAAAAUCAUUGUGAUGGUGAGAAUAUCGCAAAUCAAUUCGACAUUCCAUAUGGAUUCUCAUGGAUUCAUUAUUACAACUCUGUUGUCCAUGGUGCAUAAGAAGACCGUUUAAAGUGUAAUUCAUCUCGAUAUAAAUCAGUUGUGCCUUUUUGAUAAAUUAUACAUAACCCAUAAAACCGAUAUCUACAAACUUUACUAAUUAUUCGCAAAAUUCUGGUUCUCCAUUGAAAUAUUCACACCAAAUCAACUUACACCUAAAACUUAACUCAACCUUUAUAUUUUGCUAAUUCAAAUUUUUGCCAACUAAAUUGUUUAAUUCGAGUUUUGAUUUUUACAUAAACUAAUCGCAAUAUUUUUACCUUCUCUUAUUUCUUUAACAAUAUCUAUUUGAGUUGCAAUAUUGUAAAUUUUUCCUCCUUAAUCGCAAAUUAAUGACAUCAAAUCAAACUACAUUUUUCUACAGCCAAUUUAGCAAUAUGCAAAAAUUUGAAUAUGUAAAAUCUGAUUGAUGUAAAUUAUCAAGCAAAUAGUAAAGGAAAAAAUAAAUGGAUUAUAUCAGGCUUGUUGAUAUAACUUAAUUUAA